CCCGCCCCGAUGCAGUCCUCGCGCCGCAACACCCCCGAGAGGCUCGAGGAGGAGAACCGCCGCCUCCAGGUGCGCAUCCGCCAGCUCGAGAUUGUCAGCGAGUCGUCCCGCCGGCGGGUCCGGGAGCUCGAGACGGAGCUGUCGCGCGGCGCGUACGCGGGCGGGCUCCCGACCCCGAUCUCCACGCCCCAGCCGCACUCGACGUUCAACGAGGAGUGGAAUGCGCGCACCGAGGCGCGCAUCCGGACGUACUGCUCGCUGAACCGCGCGGGCAACGCCCUGUGCGCGUGGCACGACUCGCGCCGCGAACGCCGUAAGUACCCGCCGCGCAUGGCACCCCCGGGCUACCUCAACUGCGGGUGCACGUUCGAGCAGGCGCUGUUCGAGGAGAGCCUCUCGCGCCACGGCGUGGGCAGCUACCACCCCGGGGACAGCGUCCGCAUGGACCCCGAGCUCAGGAACCCGCUGCUGCACCUCCUGCAGACGCGCUACGGGUACCGCGACGGCGACUUCGAGCGCGACCCGCGCACGGGCAACUGGCUCGAGGGCGAGGGUGCCGAAAAGUGGGAGCAGAAGGCCGCGUCCGGCGGGGCAUACUCGAAACGCUCCCGCACCGAGGCCGGCAGCGCCAAGUAAUGAAUCUUGAAUGUAAGUCGCACACCACACUGUAUCGCCUAGUCCGCACACACUACACCCCCACUGUCUCUAUAGUCUGCAUUCUUGCUUUGCCCGCUUUCUUCUUCUACCUUCUAAUUAUUCGCGUACUUUGGCAUUUUUUUCGUUCGCCACCUUCUGUUUGCUAUAUUGUAUUGAACGGAUACCAGUGAGCAUCCGGGUUUUUCCUCUUUUUGUGUAUCCAUAUAUCCACAUACCCGUGCAGUCUUGUUGACGCACGCCGGACUUGUUACC